UAGAAGGAGAAGGAGGAGAAAGUGAAAGGGUGAAAUCCCAUCCGCCCUGUACAGUCACCAGAAAAGAGAAGAACAAAGAACCUCCAGCCGGAGCCUCCACCAUAAUCUGCUGUGUGACCACGUGUGGACCAGGCUGGGGUUUAGCUCCAUAUAACUCUCAGGUCAGCCAAGGACAUUGAUCAGAAUGGCUUUAGUAAUCCCAUCUCUAGGACGUCCCUUCACCCUUGGGAUGUUGUAUGAUGCUCGUGAAGAGAAGAUUAUUCCAGGUAUCACUCUAUGGAACAAGGAUGAUCUGGAAAACAAUCUUUCCACAAGGCCUCACAAUAGCACAGACUUUGAAGUUCUGACCUCCGACUCCUUCUAUGAUAAGUCGUCUGCUCUGGAUCUCUCUGGAGAAUUAAAGAUCAGUGUGUUGAGCGGCAUGGUCAAUGUCGGCGGAUCUGGAAAAUUCUUGAAUGAUACAAAGGAAUCAAAGAAACAAGCCAGAGUCACACUGAAGUACAAGAGGACCACCAGGUUUGACCAAUUGUCUAUGAAACAUCUCUCCUACAAGAACAUCACCUACAAAGAAGUGUUUAGCAAAAAGAUAGCAACCCAUGUGGUGACUGGUAUCUUAUAUGGUGCCCAGGCAUUCUUCAUAUUUGACCAGAAAGUUACCAACUCUGAAGAAGUUAAAGAUGUUCAAGGAAAACUUACAGGAAUGGUGAUGAAGAUAGGAGAACUAAGAGGAGACGUGAGGAUGAAUGACACCGAGAGAGAAGUCGUCCGUCACUUCAGCUGUAAGUUUCAAGGGGACUUCGCUCUGGAAAGAAACCCGACUACUUAUGAAGAAGUAGUGAAAAUCUACACCAGCCUCCCAAAUCUAAUCGGGGAGAAUGGGGAAAAGGCUGUGCCUAUACAAGUCUCUCUGCACCCCUUGAAAGAUUUGGACUCCAGAGCUGCCCGUCUGGUCCAAGAGAUAAGUGAUCAUCUGGUGUUCACAGCCGAGGAGAUCAUGCGGGAAAUGUCAGAAGUCAUCAUGGAGUGCAAUGAUAUGAUGGGACAUCCGGCCGCCAUGACUUUCCCAGCUCUCGCUAACAAAAUCAGACAGUUCAAAAAACUUUUCGAGCACUUUAGGAUUAUGUCCCAGAGAAAGUUGUCCCAAGUUCUGUCCUCUGUACGUGGUGGGUAUAUGGAAGAGUCUAGUCUGGAGGAAUUUCUCACCGGGAAAGAAAGAUCUCCAUUCAGCGACCAGAAGAUCAGAACAUUUCUGGACAGAAGAUGUCGGGAGAUGGAUUACGUCUAUUCAUUAUUAAAGCAACUGGGGAAAUUCAAGAUUGUGACAGAGCAAAGAGAACUGAUAGAAGAAAUUCUUGAUCCAAACUAUUUUUGUACAAUGUGCUUUAACUUUGCCCUGGAGUAUAAGGACUUGUAUCUCUUGCACUUAGAGUCCUGGCUUCAUGAGGAACCAACGGAUUAUCAGGAGAUCUCCAGUGAUGGGGAAACUGAGGAAUGGUUUAAAGAAAAUGUGACAUCAAUGACUGCUAAGAACCUUGUGAGUGGUUUAUUUAGACCUGAAGAGUAUACACAUUACAAGAGGUUGGUGACUUCUGUUAUGUGCAGUAAGGCUCCUGGAAUCUCCUUACAUCAUUAUUAUAGCAAAGAUCCUGUGACCAACUAUUGUACCUGCAGUAAGUGAAUCCCUAAUAAUUG